UCGUGUUAUUCCGGGACAAGCCGAAUAGCUGGUUACGGAAAGAGGCGAGUAGUGACGAAUGGAACGUUUGCGAGACGAUGGACCAGGAGACGAGAGACAUUAAAAUGGAGACAAUGUUACCAGCUUUACGUGAAAUCAUUGCACAACAAGUAAUGGAGGAUAGAGAAGGACAUAACUCUGACUUUUAUCCCCCUCAACAGAAACAUGUUCAAGAUGACUUGUCCAAUGAUGGCCACUUCCCUGAUGACAUCUGCUUCCCAGCAAGAAAAACAGGGUUUGUCAGCCCCCCUGAUCCAUGUCAACCCCUUAAACAGGGCAAGCAGGGGGAACCACAUCAUGUUCAUCAUAAGCAGGACGGGGAGAAGGAGGAGAUCCUGUUUGAAGAAAGCCAGGAAGUGGAGACUGUCCCUCCCACGUUUGAGAACCUAAACAUAAGGCCCCGAGGAACUGUGGUUUGCGCCACUGUGGUAGAAAGCAUCACCAUUCUCAGUAGUCAAGACAACAGCUUCCAUGACUUGAAAACCCCAUCGAUCAAGGUCAAGGUCAGCAUAGAGGAGGAGAGUGUGGAUGUUUACAAUGACUCCCAGUGCGUCGUGCUAGGAUCCAGCCAAGAUGUAUCGUUGUUGUUCAGUGUGUUUGACCAGCAGAAAACAGGAACCUAUGGAGUCAUUUUGGAUAAUAGCAUGAAACCAUCUCCGCGUGGCAGGUACGACCAUGGAAAAGAAUACCAGGUCAUUAAAGAGUUGGGUCGUGGAGGGUUUGGCCAGGUUGACCUCUGUGAGUACAGGUCAGGGAAGAAGUAUGUGAGCAAAAAGAUUUCUGCCCGAUUCCACAAGAAGGAGGUUGAAGUUCUCAACACUUUGUCCCACCCCAACAUCACCGGUUUCCUUGGCUACAUCUUCAGGGAGGGCCGUCAUGAGAUCCUCAUGGAGUACGCUGGUGUGUCCCUGUCUGCCUUCAUCGCGGCCAAUAGCAACUGGCGAGAGCUGUGGACGCCGGACGCUGUGAUGAGGAUGGCCAUGCAGGGGUUCUCAGCCCUGGCCUAUAUGCACACUGUGUUCGAGAUUCUACACCUCGACAUCAAACCGGAUAACAUUUGCAUCGCUUAUGAGGGGGACAAUUCACCGGUCGUCAAACUGACAGAUUUCGGGACAAGCAAGACGCCUGAGGUGGCGAUUUCCUACGAGGGAUGGACCCCCGAGUACAUGUCCCCUGAAGCCUGCAGACGUUACUUUGCUGCGAAGAUGUCUGUCUUCCCCCAAUGUUUCCUAGACGACGAAGUGACGGGCAAGUCGGACGUGUUUGCGUUCGGUCUGACGAUCUGUUACAUGCUACAAGGACAGCACACUGUCCUACUUCUGUGGAAGAACCAGCUCAGCUUGUGUAGUGCUCAGGAAUUUGCAGCACUUCGACCAAACUUCAUUAGUUAUCUUGCACAGAGUCCCAAUUACAUCCAGGAGCACGGCAUCCAAGCUGACUUGCCCGAAAAGAUCCGUCAGCUGCUGCGGUGUCUGCUGGCUGGAGAUCCCAAGGUCAGGAUGACGGCUGAGGAGGCAGCGCUGUACAUCCAGCAGGAAGUACUGGCACAGCAAGUCCUCCUGCCGAACAUUCUGCCACCAUCCUCACCGUCUUCAAGUAUCUCGGCAGCAUCUGGUGACCUCAUGACCUCUGACCUGACACAGCCACUGAAGGACAUCUCACUGAAGAAACCAGUGCCCCCUAGUGGAGGAAAAGACAUCAAGAAUAACCUUCGUCAGAAACUGCUGAGGAGGAAGUCCACGGACCCCUACCACCGACAUGGCAGCCGCACGACAAGCUGUACAAGCAGAGCUGACCCAGAAGCAGACAAGCUGCCCAACUUUGCUGCACUCUUUGAUUAGUCGUGUCAAAAU